CUUAUGUUGGAAAGUGGACAAAGUCUUUCUAUGGAGUUUCUUAGGAGUGUGGAUUUAUGGCGCCCAGAAUAUCAUCGCUGUAUUGUUUGGUCAUAAUAGCACUGCUCAUCGAUUACGGAGAAGGAGGUUCCUUGAAACUGAGCUUAGGCUUUUCCACACUCUCCCCACCUGAGGUCAUUGCUCUGAAAAAUCAUCCAUUACUGCUCAACUGCUCUGGGUACUCGGAAGAAGGUCCACUUCGGAUAUCCUGGAGAUACCAGGAUAUUGAAAUAACAAGGGACAAGCAUCUACAGAUCUUUCCAAAUGGCUCUCUCUUCAUAGACAAAUUAACUCCUCAGAAAAAAAGAGGAAACUACACUUGCGUGCUACGCAACAAUGUGGGCGUCCUGGUCAGCAGACCCAUUCACGUAAUUUUAGCUCGCAUGUCCAAAAGUUUUACUGUUGAACCUCAACCACUAACAGUUUAUGAAGGUGGACAGGCUCGAUUCAGUUGCCAAAUUAGUGCUGUGCCAGCAGCAACCAUCUCUUGGUACAGAGAUGAUAUUGAACUACCUCAAAAUGACAGCAGGUACACCCUCCUACCCUCAGGUACACUGCAAAUCACAGAGGUUUUGAUGAGUGAUGCGGGUAAAUUCAAAUGCCGUUGUACAAAUGCAGGAAAGCAAAGGAAUAGUUCUGAGGCAGCAUUGAAUGUUUUGCCAAGAGUUGAACACUUUCAGUCACCAGUGUUCUUAAGUGCAGGAGGUGAAGUAACAGCAAUUGCAGGCAAUCCUGCUGUGUUGGAGUGCUUUGCUGAUGGAUAUCCUAAAGUAGAGUACAACUGGAAAAGAGAAGAUGGAAAAGAAAUGCCUGAGCGCUUCCUUGGUAAUCAGAACCUCUUUUUUCCUGAAGUUCAACCAGAUGACAGUGGAUCCUAUAUUUGUGUUGCAAAAUCUAUUAACAAAGAUGCAAACCAAAUAACAACAGCAACGCAAAAAUUUUCCUUAAAUGUUUAUGUGCCACCAAAAUUUACAAAAGUUCCUGUAAGCCAGAUAAUUCCCACUUCUCAAACUGUUCGCUUUGACUGUGAAGUCGAUGGUAAUCCAGCUCCCUCCAUAUAUUGGAUGAAGGAUGGGGAGCAGCUGUACAUCAAUGGUAGAAUAAAGCUCAAACUGGGGAACACACUAGUCGUUUCCCAAACUGUUACUACUGACUCCGGUGUCUACCAAUGUGUGGCAUCUAAUGCAGCUGGUGUACAUACUUUAGCCGCAAGACUUCUAGUUAAUGCAUCUAGUGAACAACCUCAUUCUCCUUCUGGCUUGAAAGCAUAUACAAAGUCAAGCAGUGCCAUUUUGUUGACAUGGGAUCCAGUCUCAUCUCCAGCUGUUUCUCCAAUUCAAGCGUAUACUGUCCAUUAUGUUCCCACUCGGGGUGGCAUGGAGCAAGAUAUUGUAGCUGUUAAUACAAGUCUUGUGAUUGAGAGAUUGAAACCUUUUACUAAUUAUUCCUUUUAUGUUAGAGCGUAUAACAACAAAAGUGCGAGUGAGCCAUCGCAACCUAUAGUACAAAUGACUGGAGAAGACGUCCCUGUUGAAGCACCAAAAAUUAGCUUAUCCAGCCUUAGUCCUACAGUACUGCAUAUUCAAUGGAAUAAACUUUCAAUAGAGAAAUCUCGAGGUAUCAUCACUGGCCAUCGCAUUUUCUAUCGCAAACACAAACAAGCAUCUUCUAAUGUUGAAACUAUAAGUUCAGGAACAGAAUAUACUAUAACAGGUCUACAGCCUAAACAGAAAUAUGAUGUGCGUGUGCUUAGUGGAACCAAAGCAGGGUAUCCAGUUCUAUCAGAUGAAGCAUGGCCAUGGAUUACUUUUGAAAUGCCAGACGUGUCCACUUCAAAAGUACCAUCUCCGCCAACUCUGCAUCUGACUGUUAUGAAUGCAACCACUUUAGAAGUAGAAUGGCAAAUGCCUGCUGAGAAUUCAUAUCCUGUUGAGGGCUUUUAUCUCUCAUACAGGCAACAGAAUCAGCCUCUGAAACACCGGAUCAAAUUGUCAGACAGCGCUACAAAAUAUUAUUUGCAUGAUCUUAGUCCUCAUUCAUGGUAUGAAGUGUACAUUGUCGCAUUCAACAAAAAUGGCCAAAGCAGAGAAUCUGUCCGCACCAUCAUUACAUUUUCCGGAGACAACCCAGAUGUGGAAACUGUAGAAGUUGUGGAACCUCCUCAACAGCUUGAAGGAGAGCCAACCAGUCCCACAAGCAUUCGACUUUUCUGGAAAGCACCCAUCACAAAUAGAAACAUCACUGAUUAUACUGUUCGAUAUCAUCCUGUCUCUUCUACUGGACUAGUCAAUGAGUCGAGCAUGAACUACAUUCGCAGUACAAAUACAGAAGUAGUGAUUAUGGAUCUUCAACCUUACACACUCUAUGAGUUUUCUGUGAGGUCACAUGAUAGUAGCAAGCGCCAAGGGCCUUUCAGCCAACCCGUGGAAUGUCGUACAAAUGAAGCUAGACCAUCUCCACCUGAAGAUUUACAAUGGGGUCCCAUUGACACAAAGUCUGUGCGUUUAAACUGGGUACCUCCAAGACAUCCAAAUGGAAUCAUUACAUCAUAUCGUGUACUGUAUACCACUCGUUUUGACCAAAAUCUUGAUGGUUGGCACAGUGUUGACGAAAAAGGUUCUGAAUCUACUACAUUACUCACUGGUCUUGCAAGCAAUACUCUUUACUACUUAUGUAUGAAAGCGAAAAAUAAAGCUGGUUUUAGCCCUGCCACUUCAGCAAUCACAAUAAAUAUACCUGUUCGGCAUAACAACUCUAAAUUACCUAGUCAAGAAAUGUUUGAUGCAGAGCCUCCAGACCCAUUUCUUGGUAUUGUUUUAGGGAUAUCUAUAGGUGUGGGUUGCAUCAUUAUUUGCGCAUUCAUCAUCAUUUGUCGUAGCAGAUGUUGUCCUACUCCUCCGGAGCCUGGUACCGAUGGAAGAUAUUCCAUCUGCUGUGGAAAUGGUUAUAUUCCACAGGUUAAUGGCAAUAUUUUAAGAGGUGGGACCUCUGGAAACAAAAGAACUCCAGAUGUUGAAGUUCAAGAAAUGGAAUGCUUCACACCAAUGUUGAAUCCCUAUCCGAAUGGUUCAAAUGACCAUCAUUUGGAUACCAAGGGUGGUUAUCCUACUGCAAUGUGCAAUGGUCGAGCCAAUGGGUUUCCUCAGCAAUUGUGUGGUCCCAGCAAAUCUUCUUCAAGAAGUAGUGCAGAUCCUGUGGAAAAUCCUCAGGCAUCUGAUUUAGAGGAUCACCCAGCGAGCAAACAUCGAAUGCGUUACAAUGCAAAUGACUGCAGAGUGCCAGAAAGCAGCUGGCGGGACGAAUCUGCAGACAUCACCUCAUCGACUGUCCUCCUGGAGAGUGAGGAGCAGAAUCAGUCUAAAAAUACUUCAUUGGCUGAAACCAGCACCUCCAUACCCUGGGAGAGUGAGUCUCCGUCUCUCGGUGCUAAAAAUGAAGCUGAAAGUUCCUGCAAUACCGAAUCCGCGGAUUCGACCUUCAAAGCUACUCCAGAGACUCUCACAACAAGCACAGUGCCACCUGUUUUGCCCACGUCACUUCAUCAUCUUCCGUCUGACUCUUUCUCUUCAGUAGAAAAUGACCAAAAUCAUGUGCCAUCCGACGUCGCUUCAGAUGAAAGAGAUGCCCGCGGGAAGAAGGACAUUUUCGUUAGUGUGGAUGACGGUGAGACUUCCCGCCCUUUCUCAGUUAAUGCAUUUCUCUCCCCCCUCUCUGGUCCCCGUUUCUCACAGUCAUCCGGCACUAUACCAUCGACGGAGCCGACUUAA